GUGAACGGCGUCAACGUGGAGGGCCUGCGGCACUCGGAGGUGGUGUCCCACAUCAAGUCCAGGGAGAACGAAGCCCGGCUGCUGGUGGUGGACCCCGAAACAGACGACUACUUCAAGAAGCUGGGGGUGACCCCCACAGAGGAGCACACCAAAGGUGUGGUACCGCAGCCCAUGACAAACGGAUCCGCACAGCCCCAGCUGAAUGGAGGAUCCACAUCUUCAUCUCACAGUGACCUUCAAAGUCCUGGGAAGGAGUCGGAG